UUGGUUUUCCGACACUUCUCUCUCAUUUUAUUACAUGACUAGCGCAAAGUUUGUAGCUCGCUGCGGGUAGCAGCAGCCGCAGCUUUCAAGGAAACGGCAUUGAGAGGCAGUGCCGGUCGCCCCGUCAAAUUUUCUGCGAACUGCUGUGGUUGCAGCGCACUAACAACUAAGCAGCGCCCACGGGCUGAAACUGACCGCGACGAGUGAAAAAACCCGGACUACCUCGAUCGAAAACUAACAAAUCUGGCUCGCGGCCAGGCGUGUCGUCGUCGGCCUCCGUUGACGUUUGUUUAUAGAGCGCACAGGAGGAACUCGGUAUCCGCUUAUCGUCUUCAAGCACCGUGCAUCUUUACGGCAGCGGCAACAUGACAUCGAUCUGGAAAUCUGUGUGGUCUUCGCCCAUGGGACUGCUGGGUCGUCUUCGGCAUAAAAAGCUGUCCGAGGAAUGGGUGAACAUCCAGCAGCCUGUGGUGGAGGGCAUCACUUUCUAUGCCAAAUACCUGGGUAGCACCUUGGUCGAGGAGCCCAGUGGGGACAAGGCCACCGCAGACGCAAUCAAGGCCAUCAUCGCCAUGGCCAAGGCUAGUGGCAAGAAGCUGCCCAAGGUGGCCAUCACAGUGUCGCCCAAAGGCAUCUCCACCCGUGACCUAGCCACAGGGGAGCUCCAACUGGACGUGUCCAUCUACAGGAUCUCCUUCUGCUCGGCUGACGCCAGCUUUGACCGAGUGGUGGCCUUCAUCGGGACGCACAGCAAUGAAGUGAUGGAAUGUCACGCGUUCCUCUGUGCCAAGCGGAGGGUUGCCCAGGCGGCCGCACUCACCAUCUCUCAGGCCUUUCAGGUGGCCUACCAAGCCUGGCAAGGCUCGCGACAAGCUGCAACAGUCUCUCAGGAUGGUGGCGGUCAGCAGGACAACCAGCUGGAGGCCAACGGUAACAAGGAGACUGAAAAGAAGGAAGAAGGUCGUGUGACACCGCUCAUUGACCUUUCCUCAGACACGGAAAUGGAGGCCGCCUUCGGGCGUCUAGGCGCGAGCCCGCCACUUUUCUCAAGCGGCCUGAAGCCUCAGGAAGAAGAGGAGCUGCGGCAAUUCGUGGCCUCAGGCGCAUGCAGUCGUGAGGCAGGUCUGCUAGACCGUGAGGACGACCUCUUGUCGCUCUGAACUGGAGCCACACAAUGGCAGUGCGGCACUGGUCCGACCUCUGUGCAACAGUGGUGCAACACUAGUUUGCACCGGGUUACCACCGGUGCUGGCCAUUACCUGCCAUGUCAGAUCGGUGUCUGGAUGAAUUGACAGCGAGCAGCAGGAUCUCUGACAGAGACUGCAGUGUUCGGAAAUGUUGUGUAGGUGCUUAGGGAAGGUAUGCGGCCUUCUGUUGUUCUACCUUGAGUGAAGCUGAUGGACGAGGUUGUGCGAGGCCAAGAAAUAAGUGGGGUGCCCCAGUGGGGGGGAGGAGACGGAAGGGGUUGCCAUCGUGUGUGUGAAGCUGACACCAUGCCGGUGUGUGUAUUGAGAAAUGUGCCACAUUGACCAGCUUGCCAAGUUUAUGUUUUUUGGGCGUUAGCGCUAUUCUAGGCUGAUGGGCCGUCGGAAGUCCCUUGACGGGCUUGUAGGUUACUUCAGCUCACAUAAUUGAGGUGAGUGGUUGCGGUGCAAGGGAAAGGAUGCAAAGACGAAAACACACAUGCUGUGUAGAUGUACUGUUGAUAUCGACUGUCUUUUUUGUUUGCACCAAUCCCAGUGGACGCUGUUAACGCAUUCACUGAACUUUGUACCACCCACUAGAAUGGGCCCGUGUUGUUUUGGCAGGCAUGCCUGUUUUAACCUGGCAUUUAUUAGAACAGGAGUAGGAAUACUGGAGCAGUGGGAGUAGUGCACGAGAGAAAUGGGAGCACUGACUUUCCUUUUGCGAACGAAACAUUUGCGCUGCUUCAAGAGCAGAACAGCGAGGGGCAGGGUCUUCUCAGCAGUAGAGGGGACAUCGUAGCUCUCUGUUGCCAUGUCACAGCUCCUGCCCGCAGUGCACAUAGAGCCAGUAGCAACUCGAACACAUAGCAAGCGCAACUGACAUUGGAAGUAGGCCAUGCUGCUGGCAAGGAAGAGAUGGGGAGAUAAGAAAGGAGGUGGGGCCUGUGAUGUAAUUGCUACCUGGGCUCUUGGCUUGGAGUUGAGCUGUUCUCCCUCAAGGGCUGCAGAAGAUAGCACCAACCUUUCCAGUUCCCCUGCUUUCCAGUUCUUACUCAAACCACCUCAUCAUUUCUUGGCUCUGAUGUGGGAGAAAGCAGGGGAGAAAUGUCUGGUGCAUUCACAGAUCAAGGCAGUUUCUCCCCUGCAUUCUUCCAGAGCCUCUGCUGUUGGGAGGCCAGCUCACACUGCCACCUCUUGGCUGUGUUCCAAUACUCGCCGUAGACGGCAAAGUAGACUGCUAAGCAGACAGUGGCCAUCUUAGGUCUUGCUCCAAUUCUGACGAAGCCGCCAAAAAAAGCUUUGUGAAGACAGCAUUGAAAUCACAAAUGAGUCAAGCCACUUUGCUGGCCAAACAAGAUGGCAGCUGAGUAGGAAACCUGCUGGGAAGGUCGUCUGCAUACAAGAAAACAUAGUCGUGCUUUCCUGUGCACUUAAUUUAAGCUGCAGUGUGUUUUUCAUAGUUUCAAACACAAAGUGUUAAAAUACAGCUAUAUUAUGAACUUUGCUUAGCUUUUUCUUGUCAAUGCAAAGGUGGUGUCAAGUCACAGUGACGUCUUCCAGGCGGUUUCACUACUUGGGCUCAAAGCUCUCCCAUUAGCUGUCUACAUAGACCGUCUCCAAUACUGGCCAGAGUUGGAACAUACCCUCUUAACAUUUCAUUUGCUUCUACCUUGGAGAUUUCUAAACCUUCCUAAGAAAAAUUUCACGUGAUGGAACGCUCUCUGAAUUUGGCCACUUCCAGUGUACAGCUGAAGUUUUUGACAAGGUUUGGUGGUGGGAAACUUGGCUACCAGCAUCGACGCUUGGCUGCUCUAGGAGGCUCGACACCCGUCGUGAUAGAGCUUGGCCGUGAGCGCCACAGUUGAAUUUGGGUGGCUCGUCAGUUUGGCAUAUUUCAAGCAUGUGUGUGUUGUUUUCUGAGAUUUAUACUACCACAUUAUAAGAAAGAUGUGGUACUGCCGCGAGAUGGCCUCUCCAGGUCUAGCCACCAUUGUCGGUCAUACGUACAGUGUCCGAAGUGCCUCAUUUUUCCCUGGUGGCUUGCGUCAUAGCAGGCCUGCACUUCAUGUGCAUGUACAUAGCACUCGCUUUUGAAAAGUCUGAAGUUUGAAAGUCUGUUGUAUGUUUGCUGCUCUGGGAAGCAGUCAUCCUACAUGGAAUUUAUUUGAGCGUGAGUAACGCAAUCGUGCAAGAAAGGCAGAAGCGGGAAAAAACCUGUGUCGUUUUUUAGUAUUGGGAAGUGCUAAGGUAUCCUACGGUUCUCUUUCUUAACAUAGUGUAGUCUCUUUUUGUCUCCUUUACAAGUACCAACCUCUUUCUCUCUGGGAGGCUUUGGCUUCCAGUGACUGCGGAAGUCGUACAGUGAGGUUCAAUCUUAAAGGGAAUGUGCACUAGUUGCUCUGCCGUCAGUUACAGCUAGUGGAUGCGACGUAAAAGGCUGUGAACAACUGUCUCGUGUAUAGAUACAAGCCUGACGCAUCGUAUCAGCCAUCUUUCCUUGUAAGAUCAAAAAUAUGUUGCAGUUAUCCUGGCUUCAUUGCUUGCGAGGUGUUCCUCUUAAGAGCGGGCCAUACUGUGCAGGCAUUGCAUUUUUGCUGAGCUUUGAUGCUGCGAACAGUUGGUAAUGGGAGCGCUAGCUUCAUUAUAUGUCUUCACUGUUGUGCAUAUCAUUGUUAGCAGUUGAUGCAACAUUUGCCGUGUGUUCUUUGUGCGGCACCUUGGGAAGCAAUUGGGGGCUCAGCCAUGUUGCAGAGAGCAAGGCCUGUGCCAAGAGUUGAAGUAGUAGUUGGUCCAGACUUGCUGAAGGCAACAAUUGCCCACACGGCACUUAUUUGCAGAGCCCUCAUGUCACCCAGUGUCCCUGACACUGCCAAACUGAAGCUUUCCUCGGUACAGCUUAGCCUGUUGAGCCCUUACUGGAAGCAAGAUGUGGUAUUUGUGAAAGCAUUGUCACCAGAUGGCAUUGAAUGGCAUCUUUUGCACAUUCCUUCAUGCCAGGCAAAACCCUAAUGCUGGUUGAGGGUUAACAGUCAGAACAUUAUUGUAAACAAAAUGUCUUUACUUUCGAACACGUUUUUGUUGGUACGUGUCUCGGCAGCAAUUUUUCUUGCUGCGCUGUUGUGUUUCCUUACUUUGUAUUAGAGACAAGCGGUUCUCAUAGAGUUGUUGAUGCAUCCACUACUGGCCCACAUGUUUUUCUCUCCCGGUUGUUUUCAAGGUUGUGUUUUUGUUUUUACCGAGCCGCGUAGAAAAUGAUUUUGUGUCCAUCAGCAAUGUAAUACCAAAGCACUGUUUGUCUCUUCGCGUUGAUUAUUGGUGGUUGUGGCAGUGCAACAGUGAGACAGUUCUGGCAACGCGGAGGCUCGCAUGCAAAUGUGUCCCGUAUGUUGAUGACAAUUAGGGCUAUCAAUGAGGCAUGCAAAUGCUGCCUUGCUGGCCCUUGCUCAGUUUCGAAUUGAGGUCCCAUCGUCAAAGCCAUUGCGCCACGUCCUUCACAAUGAGGAUGGUUUUUGCAAGUUGUGUACACGUGUCCUUACCAGUGGCACUGGCCCUUAUCAGUGGGCAACGUGGACGGUGUUGGCGUUGACAGACUUGAGCUUUGUAUGCGCCAUGUCGAUGAUCUUGCCUGCAACAACAAGCAGUACACGAGCACGGUUUCUUUAGUACAUUCAGUGCAUGUCCCGGGUUUUCUUCUGCUGCAAUUAUGCUAUCAAACACUUUUUCGAUGCACUGUUGGCAGCAUCUGGGGGGAAUGCAAGUAAAAUGUGGCGCUUCUCACAAUGAUGCAUUAAUUUUGAAGAUUAUAGUAGUUUUGAUAUUGCAAUUUAAUGCACCGGAAGUGCAGGUCCUGGCUUUUUGCCUUGUUCUAGCAUCGAAGCUGUUGGGAGGUGUCCUACAGACAAGGGCAUUGUCAAAUGCAAGGGCGGUGAAUGUCUGGAAUCUGAACGGGCACUAAAUGUUUGUUCCAGAACAGAGCUUUUAUUCCUUGCUAGAUGGGAUUGUGCAUUGCUCAGGGCACCGUUCUCUCACGAUUGUCUGUAAAAGCAUUGUAAUGCAAGGACUGAAAAGUGUAUGGCUCACUUCAUGCUAUAUCUAUUACCUUCUUCUAAAGUGCUUUCUUCAAGACAAACAUAACUUUUGUCAUCUGGCUGUGAUGUCCAAAAGUGCUUGCCUAGCGUGCUGUUCAUGAUGCAGGGUGUGAUUUGAUACAGAAGGUUGUUCAUUUGUGUCAUUUGACUGGGUGCGGAGUUUAAUGGCCUUGAGGGCCAUACAAUUUGAUGGAAUGUUAUGCGAAAGUAGCGAAGUAAUGGACUUGCAUUUAGCUUUAUCAAAUGAUUCCUACAUCUGUGUGUUGCAAUUUGCGUGGUGCGCCUCUACAUUCCACUGCGUGCUCCUUGGCUUCAAAGAAGUUAGGUCCUCACUGCUCCACCACCCUUUAAACUUUUGCAAAGGACAGUACAUAGCGUGUAGGUUGCAGCAAGGGUAGAGCACUGUCACCUAUUGCAAUUGCAUUUCUAUGCCAUGCCGGCUUAGUAUAAUUGCUGGUUCUAUCUUGUGCUGAAUGCCUGCCAACGAUUGCAGCAUUUUCGCCAGUGGUAGUCUGUACACUUUAAUGCAGUUUUCUGAUGAGAGAAUCAUAUAGACGACAGACACAGGAUGUUAAACGCUAUAUUUGCACCCCAUGUGAUGACAUGAAGCAGUGUUAGUUAAUUUUAUUUUGCCAAGAAAUACUAUUUUUCACUAUAUAACACCUGGCACAAGCCAGGUCUAAGUGAUGCUAGACACCAAAAUAGGAUGUCUGAAACCGUCUGGGGCGAGUGCAACGCUAUUGUAUGUUGCGAUGUUGUGUGUGUGCGUGCCUUGCAACCUGUUUGUGCAGAGUUAUAUAAAAGGAUGUGUAGCUCACCGCAUUUUUGAUGGCAAAGGAGUCUAAACGUGGCAUAGACGAAUGCGCUGGCGGGCACUUAGGGACACUAAAUAGUGCUACAGAGUUACGCUCAAUUGCUAAUUUAUGCUUCUGGUACACCAUAAUCACGAAGAAAGGUCUUGGUUAGCCGUAAAAGAGACAAAGUGGAAAUACAGAUGGCAAAAACACACUGAAGUUGCGACACUUGACGUCACAGUUUCACAUAACCUGCCUGCAACUAGUUAAUAAUAGGUUAUCAUUACAUGAGGAAUAAAUUACAAAAUGAUGCGUGCACAGAAGAAUCCUCUAAAACCUUAAUGUACUGGGUAUGAAACUAAAGUAAGAGAAACCUUGCCAACGUUUUCUGUAUUAGUUACAAACCUUUUUUUUUUGCCUGAUAAUUGAAUAUAGAGUCUUGAAAGAGUGCAUCACUGGCAUGAGCAUACUUAACCAUUGCUCUUUGGUGUCAUAAGCGUGCCCAGUCAAGAUGACAAUGAGUGCUUACUGUCUCGGUUUGCAGACUGUUCCUCCUGGAUUGAAAAGGAAGUAGGCUGAAGUGGUGUUGAGAGGGAUACGCUGGGUCCAUUCACAUUACGGGCACAUCUAUGUGUGUGCUGCACGUGGAACGUGCAAAUAUUUUUGGCUGCAGCCACUCGUGCUGUGCUGUGUCGACACUGGUGAACGUCGGGGAUGUUUGUAUCCCGGUUGAUACUUGUUUUCUGGCAUGUUUAGGUGUGCAGUGUUGUUGGAACCACAGUGGCUGAACUGUUUGCAGUGAAAUGGAGAAAAUGACUUCUUUGGAGAAAGCCUGUAUCCUGAAAGCUUGUUUGGUGUGGUGAAAAUGCAUGUGAUUGUAGAGUGGUUGUCGUGGCAUCAAAACCCGGCUUGUUUUAGUAAACAAUAGUGCAAUCCAGUCCAAGCUGCAACCCAGUGCAAGCUUUUGCAUCAUCCAUUUCUUUUGCUUUUCCUUGUGUUGGCAGUGCUGUGCAAAUGCCGAGUGAUAAUGACUGUCGGGGACUGGCUGUCUGGAAAUGUCACCAUCUUGUGCCCUCGGCAGUGACACGCUGGCUCAGCGAAUGUAGUUGCUUUUGGUCCGUUCCUUUGGAGAGUUACAAGAAAUUUAAUAGUGCUGAAAAAAAAAUGCGACAGCAUGAUUGUUCAUUAUGUUUAUGCUCCAAUUCUAGCCUUCCUUGAAACUAUAAUGAGGUGUCCUUAUUUCUAGUGUUCAAAGGGAGACAGAGUUUAUACAGAAGAAAAUGGGGAGGUUGCCUGACUGAGGGAGAAGAGAAAGGAAAAAUACCAAGGGAAAGGGUGAUUAUGGCAAUGGAACGAACGAUUGGUAUGAUAAUGAUGCAAGUUCUAUGCACUUAAGAACCCAGUUUCUCCGUAAGGUGUCGGAUCCAGCCAACUCUUGUUGAAUAAAUGUGCUACAAUCUUCAAUGCCUGACGUGCAGGUCUCCAGUAUGGCCAGGCCCAAUACAACACCUUCUCAUGAUAACCAGUUGUGGAAGUGCUUGAAGGACGUAAAUGUAAAUUUAUAUUCUCCCGUGCUAGCUGAUGGUUCAAAUAAAAUUGCUGGAAAGAUUGCGUGGGUUGAAAGUGUUGCUGCUGUUGGUCAAGCGAAAGCAUCAUUUCCUGUAUAGCUUUGUGUGGCUUGUUGCAAUCGAUUAGUGUGUUUCCAAUAUAUCAGCUGAGAUUAUAUGUAAAGGCCUGGAAAGAAUUGCUAAUGCAUAGAUAAUGCAUAGCAUAUCAUGUAAACAACUUUUGGAUAAUGUUAAAGGCACCCUGCAGUAAUAUUGGUUUUUUUCCAUGUUCUGUUAACUUUGCGUGGACCAUUACAGUAUCAUUUUGUUACAGAUUCCCGUUACUCACUGAAAAAAAAGAAAAAAAAAUAAUUUAUAUAUUUUGCAUUUACAAUUAAUAGUUAGUAAUAUUUUUUUUAUGUUGAGCUGAUGUGACUGUUCUCCGUUUUACACAUUUAAUAGAAAUUAUCUUUCUGUGCAAGUUAUGUUCCUUUAGUAUUGCUGUUGUAAUUGUGUAUGCUUCAGGAUGUUUGCUCGUGUGUGGAGUAACGACAGCAUGAUGAAAAGGUCUUUCUUUGGGGGGGGGGGGGGGCGUUCCUAAAUUGCAAAGACCAGCCAAGCAUAUUUUGCAGUUUGCCUUGAAUUUCCACUCAUAUGUAGACAGUGUUUCCAAGCUUCUCAUCUUUGAACUUCUGAUGUUAUAUUUCUUUUUUCUUUCUGUUUUUCUCUUUGUCAUGUUUAGCUUUACUCUUGUUUUAACAUCUUUCUGGGACAUCUUCUAGAGUUAAUAGAACACUUGUUCAAAUGUGAAUUGCAAGCAUGUUCAUGGGCAGAGCUGAGAAUUUCAGGUGACGGUUUGAACUGAAGCCAAGAACAAUGUUUUAUGGUGUUCAUAACCAGCAUGGUGUUCAUAACCUAAAAGUUCAGGUAUGUGCCAAGGGGUGCAGCCCUUCUUUUUGCCUUGCCGAGUUGCUACCGAGCAAGCAGAUGUGAUGCAUUUAGCCGAUUCAAAAAUUGCUUGGCCAUUGUGUACUAUAAAAGCGGAGAUCUCGCAUCAAGUGCUUCUUGCUGUUGUUGGCAAGCUUGUAUUUGUCUGAUGUGGAACCUGCAAAGUAUCAAUUCGUGUACAAGGAGAUGAUUCCCACAAUCCUGCAUUCAUUAAUAUUACUUGCAGGAACUGUUUGUAUGGGUACAUGUCUAUACUUUUCUAACUAUACACCUGUGUUUGUCGUUGUGAUUGCCAUCUGUUAGCAGUAUUCGUAUGUGGAGCAAAUGUAGAAAAAGACAGCCUUUUCUUAAACAUCGGGCAGCGUAGUUUAGCUACGGCCGUCCUUAAAUAAUUGGCCCCUGUGAACAAGUUGCACAUCACAUUUGAUGACAUAGUGGCAUGUGUUUCUACAUGAUGCAUCAUGAUGCAUAAUCUAGCACUCAUGAGGCGUUCUUAAUUUGAAUUCAUGUCUGCCCUGAAAUGUGUGCUUUGAGUUCACAACUAAAAAAUUUGUAAUAGCGUUCUAACAGGCUUGUUUUAAUUGCCUUGAACGCAAGAGUUAUGUUCAUGUUGCAGUCUCCUGAAUCUCUUUUUGUACCUGCUUCCACUAAACUGCUCUCUGCUGCUUCUGAUGUGGCUGUAGAGAACAUCUGCUGUUUAGUUGUGGCAAUUCAAUCAAUUCUCUAUGGUUAAAGGAUGUGAAGUCAACACUAGUUGAGAGUAAAGGAAGGGCAGAUGUCCUGCAUUCCUUUAACAAUUAAAAAAAUUCACGUUGCAGCCAAUAAUAUUAUGAAUGGUCUUUGCUACAGAGAAAAAGGCACAACACCAUGGAGUUAAAAUUACUUUGGUAUGCAUUCUCAUAGCUGCGAGUUUCAUUGUUACUUCUGUCAUUUGUUGUGCAUUGUUCAGCAUAGACAUAUUGCAUUUUCGAAACUCGGAUGCUUUAGUGCUUCAUUACAACGCAAAGCGCUACCAUGGGAAUUUUAGAAAAAGUUGGUGCAUACGACCUGCCCUGCUUACAAAUGAACACUGCAUACAAUAGUUCGAAUUAUGGGCUGUAGUCUUAACAUUAUCCAGACAGCAGCAUUGUCAACCGUACUCUCCUAUUAUGCUAAGCCACUUGCAUCCAUGAUUUCUGUAGCUCUCUGUUGCAGGACUUUGCUGGAGUGAGAGCUUCACUUGCGCCUUGUUUUUCAAGCCAAUGUUGUGUGUAAGAACAUUUGGCAGAAUGCUUUGUUUCUUGCAUUUAUUGUUUUCCUGACCAAUGUUUGAUGUUCAUCCUUGUUGCCGCCACUUCUCUUUAUGCCCCAGUGCUUUGCAUGCUGUUUGUUGGAGCACUUACAAGCUGCGUGCCCUGGGACUCGCGGUUUUUUCCGCUUGUUUUAUUUGGCCUUUGCAGUCUUGAAGACUGUGGCCGAAGAUCUGUUUUUUUCAAUAAAGCCUAAAAAAAUCUCA